AUGUCUCUCAGGGAGGGGCAAGGGGCAGUGACUUUAUUUAGUGGCGAGUCACAUCCGCCACGUUGCAGUGUUGUUAAACGGACGUAUGUGGCUUUUUAUAGGGAGAACGCUUGCCAGGCGAAAAUCCACCACGUCCUGGAACACUGCCGCCGAACCAUUCGUUGGAACGGGAAAAACCCGAACCACCCAGCUGGCACCACGAGGAGGUUGUUCGGCAAGCCAGCCGUGGCCGAGUGGUCUGCACGUUCGCUUUGUAAUCAUAAGGUCACCGGUUCGAAUCCGCGUAGGGGUGGGCGUCCUCGCGGUAUACUCAGCCCGCGCGCGACUGAUGGUGGUCGCGCGGCAGCGAAGCGCCGUUACGGCGUGCAGCUGACACAUCCACCCAGCGAUGCGGAAGUCUGCCUCGAGAUUCGACGCUUGAAGCGUUUCAAGGCUGCCGGCUUAGACGGACUUCUUCCGGAACUAUUCGAGUACGGCGGUGUGGCGAUCAUUAAUCAGCUGACCGCGCUGUUCGCAAAAAUUUGGCAUGAAGAGAAAGUGUCUUCCUCUUGGGGCGAAUCAGUCAUUGUCCCGAUUUUCAAGGAAGGCGCUCGCACUUCAUGUGCAAAUCAUCGAAGGAUUAGUCUUAUUUCGGUUGUUACUAAUAUAUUGGCAUCCAUUCUGCUUCGCAGACUAUCCCCAGUACGUGAAUCAUACUACCGUGAAGAACAAGCUGGUUUCCGUCCUGGCCGCGAAUGCAUGGAUCAAAUCUUCACGCUCCGCCAGCUCCUCGAACAUCGCCACAUUUAUCACAGGCCCGCUAUCGUUGCAUUCCUAGACAUACGUGCCGCUUUUGACUCCGUUGAUCGACCUGCUUUAUGGCGUUGCAUGCUAAAGAACUGCGUGCCAGAGAAAUAUACCGCUAUCUUACGAGCACUUUACCUUCAUACAUCCGGCAAAGUGAGGGUCUAUGGCAAGCUUUCCUCGCAUUUCGCUGUCAAUAGCGGUGUGCGACAAGGCUACCCUAUGUCCCCAUUCCUCUUCAACUUCGCAAUCGAAGACGUUCUGUCGAAUGCUCUAGAAGGUUUCCAACAUUUUGGCCUAGAGCUUCUACCGGGUGAGCGCGCGACCGACUUAGAUUAUGCUGAUGAUAUCACCUUAUUUGGUGACGAUCCUCGGGAUAUGCAACUCAUUCUGGAUCGUUUGGCGGUUGAAGCAUCUAAGUAUGGCAUGAGCUUCGCCCCAUCGAAGUGUAAAGUACUGCUCAAUGAUUGGCUUUCACCUGCUCCCAUGCUCACUUUCGAAGGUGCACAACUCGAACAGGUAGAUAGUUUCGUCUACCUUGGGAACUGUGUUUCUGCUGACGGCACUAUCAACAAAGAAGUUUCUCUUUGUAUCGCUAAAGUUCGAUCGGCAUUUGUCAAACUGAGGCACUUGUGGCGUCGUCGCGACGUCUCAUUCUCACUAAAGACCCGUGUUUACAGCGCAUCAGUUCGCUCAGUAUUGUUGUAUGGGUGCGAGUCCUGGCCGAUUCGCGUGGAAGACAUGCGUCGUCUUUCUGCCUUCGAUAACGGUUGCUUAAAGAGGAUCGCUCAUGUUUCGUGGCAACAUCGAGUUAAUAGUAGUGACGUUCGUCGUUGCAUUUUGGGGGAUGCGUUCCCUUCAACAAACUGGUUUUGUUGUGCCAGUUAA